CACGGUCAAAAUGGCGUUUGUUUUUUUCUUAUCAAUGCUAACAAUGAUUUUUCGUUGGUGAUUCUGGAAAGAAAAAGUAAGUUUGGCUUUUAGUUUUACUCUUGUCACAUACUAACUCCUUAUUUUCAAUGAUUUUGUAAGCGAUUCGCCGAUCGGUAAGGUUUUAGAAACAGUUUCCAUGUUGUUCUCAAGCUUGUAAUUUUGGCGAGCAAGACAAAGACUGAUCAUAAUCGAAUUGAUGAUGCUUUCGAUCAGAUCGCUUCUUCAUAAGAUCCUUCAGAAACUGAGAAAAGCGAAAUAUGAUUGAUUUCCUUGACCCAUGUUAAGAAAUAGAGAAAGUAAGCAACAAGGUAUCGUUUUCAUAGUAUCGUGAGUGUCCAUCAUCAGCUGAUCGAUUUGCCCCCAGUUGUUCGAAUUUGUUUGAGUAAUCGACUAGUAAAUAAUUUUCUAUCCAUAGGGUAGCACAACACCUUUUAUUAACGUUUAUCCGAUGGAUAGCGAUUUAUUCGUUAAAUAGCGUUAUCCGCUGGAUGGCGUUAUGCGCUCCUUUAACAACUGGGCUCAGAUCUGUAGUAAGUUUCUGCAUAUGAAGAACUUUCUUUUUUAAGGGCUGAAAAAGUAAACAAGUCUCAUUGAUCUCAGGGAAUUAGACUGGAAUCGUGCUUCAUAUCUACGUGUGUCAUUUGCAGAAAAAAUGCCGCCUUGCUUGUUACUGUGUCCUGCAAAACGAUCUGUAAUUCAUUUGGAAAGCCAAUUUUGUCUUUGUGGCUGGUGAUGCCACUCAUUGGCAAAGCUCAGUUUUGUAACGUCAGCAAUUAAUUUUACCAAUAGUCUAAGGCCAUCCUUGAAUUUCAGUACUAAAAAACCUUUCUGUGUGCUUGACUGAAUCGCUCAAACAUGGUGCAAAAUUGAAACAAUAUCCCCUAUUCCUAGUAUCUUCUUUAUAUGUUUCCUUGAUAGUGUAUUGAUCUUGUUGCAAUAAUUUAAUGCAUGAUCACUCCUGGAAGGGAAAUGAUUACUAGAGUUUGACUUAAAUCUAUUUUAGGUGGUUGAUGAAGAUAAUUUUCCACAAUGACUUCAAAAACUGAUCCUAAUAAAGCUGAAUCAGAUGCCCAGAAGGCAGAAGAAAAGGCUAGUAAAGAGGAGUUAGUGGAAGCCAAGAUGAAAAUAAUCCGAAAGAAAAAUGAAGAUCUCAUGAGAAGACAAAAGGAGAUUGAAGAAGACCGUAAAAAUGCAGAUGUGUACAGCAAGUUAGUAGAAAUAAAGAAGCAACAUGGGAGUGGUACAUCAGGAGUGAACAAGGAUUCAUCACAGCCAGGAGGGGUGGCUGGAAGAGGGAGAGGUAGAGGCAGAGGGCUAAUGUUGCAGGAAAUGCGGAAAGAAACACUGAAAGCCAAGCAGUGGGAGGCCAAACGGAAAGAAAAUGUUGUAAAGGAAGAGGAGGAGAGGAAACAAGGAAGUAAGAAUCCCAACUCUGCAAGCAGGUUUCUGAUGGAUGACAAGCGAGUGGACAUGUCCAGAAUGACAGGGCGGAAUGAGCACUCUUGGGGUGGAGCUAAUUUCAACAAAGUUGCCGGUCGAAUGCAAAGGGAGAAGGAAGGGUUUCAACCAGGCAGAAAUAGAGAUACUAUGGAAAUGACUAUGUCAGGGAAAGAGCGGCAACAGUAUCGUGAGUGGAAGGAUGAGAGAAAGAAGAUUGAUGAAGAAAGGAAAGCUCGUCAGAAGAAGGCUGGAAACUGGAGCCGUACAUGGGAUCAGAAAAAGGUCUGGGAUGCAAGACGGAAGAUGUGGGUAUUUGAAGAAUCUGGGGACAAUGGGAGGAAUAUAAGACAUCAUGAUGGUCAUGGUCGUGCAGAAGACUGGGGCAUUGAUAGUAGGGGGAACAAUUACCACAGAGAACACAGAGGUCAUCAUAAAGGAGGAGGAUUUAGACAGUAUGACAACCAUGAAACCCGAGCUUCUGAAAUGCAACGAGGUAGCAGUCAAAGUGAAGUUUUGGAAAAAAAGAGUACCACAUCAAAAACUGAAACAGAAACUAGAGCAAGAUACAACCAGGAUGGCACAGCUAAUGGUGAGGGCACUGGGGAAGAGAAUUGGGAUGAAGAACCAACUGUACCUCUGCAUCAAAAGAAAGAAGAAGAGAGUUUAGAUGCUGUUAUGGAAACAUCAACUGACAAUUCACAAAGAAUUGAUAAACCCAAACCUCAAAGAGAACGAAAGGAACAAAGACGUAAUGAUAAGCAUGGUAUUAGUGAAGAUAGUCAGAAAAAUCAGCAAUCUGCAGCAGAAGUGACAAGUGACAAACCACAUAGUGGAACUUCUCAGCAAGAACUUCAGGAAAGCUUACAAGAUGAUUUUGCUGUUAAUGAAGAUUCUCAAGUGCAGCCUGAAUCCACAACUACCAAAGAUUCAUCCCUGUCAGUCAUAUCAGCUCUGCAUGAAUCUCCAGGAGAUAAGAAAGAGGCAGCAGUUGAAUGCAAGGAUCAAAUCAAAAACUUGCAUGAGGAAAGUGAAGGGGCACAAGUCAAUCUAGAAGAUGUAGAAACUGGUGAAAGAGCUAAUGACAUAGUUACAACAGACAGUGAUAAAGAUAAACAAGAAUGCUCACCACAAAAUCCAGCACAUGAAAAACAAGAUGUUUCUACUGAUCAUUCAGCACAGCAAGAACACAGAGAUGACAGUGCAAACUCUAUUCAUAACAAUACAAUGCUGGCAGAAACGGCAAAUUUGCCUAAACUUAAGACAGACAAAAAAGUUUCUGACACCAUAGAAAACAAUCAGGAAAUGAAAUCAGAUACAGAAGAUGCCAGUGUGAUACAAGCAUCUGCAUCAGAUGCUGACACUCCACCUACACCUGAUUUUUUGAAACUGGAGCAGGACCUUGAGUGGGGUGAAAUUGAGAUUGAUGAGGAAAAAAUUGUUGAGAGAUGGUAGCUUUUAAAAUCAAACAGUUUAAGUCACAGGUAGUGUUUUGCUCUGGACAACCCAGCUAUAGGCAUACCCUUUGCUCAAAUUUCCUAGAAUUUCCUUCACAUUGUUUAAGGGCACAAUCAAAUCUCCAUUUUUGUAGUGUAUCUGGUUUAUUUGUAACCAUGGGUAAACAAGUAUUUGUAAUCAGAAAAAGUCUUACAAUCUGUUAUUACACCAAGUGUAAUCCUAACAAGACAGUUUGUGAGAAAAUCAUGGCAAUUAAUAUUUUGCCAAGCCAGUUUUACGUUGCCCUCUCCUGGGUAAGUUUUUUUUUAUUUUUGUGAGGCUACAGUUCCCCUGUCCUCCCCUCUUCAGGCUCUGAAAAUAUUCCAGCUUCAAUGCCUGUAUAACCUUCCAACAAAAAUGAGUUUGGAUAUGAAAUUAGAACAGUUUUUAGCCCUGGGGAAUGAAGUGGCCACAGCCUUUCUAUACAUCAUGGUGUGUCCAUGUAUUGAGAUAUAUAUAUAUUUCUUAUUAGACAAUUUGGUUUGCAGUAUAGCUGAGUAUUUUUAGGAGUUCUGCCAUAUUUUGACAAGCCCUUGUAGUGAGUGAAAAUGUAAUGCACCAAACGUCUGAUAAGUUAUUUAUUAUCCAAUUGCCUUAUUUUUGUGCGUUUCGUCAAAGGUGGUAAAAAACAAAGCAGAUAGAGAAGCUUUGCACAUGCAGUUGACCAUCAAAUAGGUUUUUUUACAGUUACAAAAUAACCAACUGUUCAAAUAUUGUGUGAUAUUUUUACUAGAUGGGUGCAUUAUUUCUACUCUACUCAGUGCAGUUGGAUAAUAGUGCUGGUUAAAUAAUAAUGAGAUUUUUAUUUCACUUUUAAUCACAGUAUGUCUUUUCAACACACAUAAAAUAUUUGUUACCAUUUUAAUUAAGAGAUGAAAAGUAGUUUGCUAGUCUGCAACAGAUCACAAUAGAAUUGUCAAAAUUGUAAAGUACCUUUUCAGCUUAAUUUUACACCAGUAUGAUAUAAAAUAAAUUAUAGAAAUGUCUG